CCCAAACCGAACACGAGCCCCCCCCCCGCCCCCCGAGUCGGGAGGAGCAAGUUGGUGGUGGUGGUGCUGGUGGUGCUGGUGGUGCUGGUUGUGCUGGUGGUGGUGGUUGUGUUGGUGGUGGUGCUGGUGGUGGUGGUGAGGCCGUCAUGGCGUGCUCGGGAGCGGCCCCCGUGGCCGACACGUCGGAGGCCGUGUCGCUGUGCCCCGAGCUGGGACUCUUCCUGAAGCCCGUGGGGCGCAUCGUGGUGGUGGUGUCACUGCCGCACCUCAAGACGCCCGGGCAGGUCAUCUCCAACUAGGAGGUGAUGGAGAGGCUCAAGGCGAUGGCUCUGCCCGACGACUUCUCGGUGCUGCGCGUCGCCAAGAGCUCGCUGGAGGUGCUGCGCUUCGAGGGCGAGGUGGAGACUCGCGCCGCCGUCCACGCACUCGCAUCGCGCAUCGACGGCAAGAACAUCAAGCUCAGCGGCUUCACAGAGACACUCAAGGUGCGAGCGUCCGCUGCGAGGGACGACUUCCCGACGCGUCCCGACUGGGAGUCGUUCUUCCGCGGGGCGAGCGACAUGGACGAGCGGGUGGCGGGCGAGCGCCCAGACACACUCCACCUGCAGGGGCUGCCCUGCAGGUGGUUCGCAGAGCCCGGCGCAGCCGACCCUGAUCGCCCGAGUGAGGCUGUGCUACGCCGUGCGCUCUCCGUGUUUGGUGCGGUGCGAGCCGCUGACGUGCCGUGCCUGGACCCGCACCGCGAGGAGGUGGAGCGGCGCCUUUCCGGCAAGGAGUUCCACUCCUUCGGGUACGGCGGGAGACUUCACUUCCAGGCGUACGUGCAGUACGAGCAGUACUGCGACUUUGAGCGAGCGAUGGGCGCCCUGCGCGGAGUGAAGCUCAUGCACACGGCAGGAGGCAAGGCCCUGGCCUGCAACAUCAAGGUGACCUUUGACACGACGAAGCACCUGAGUGACGCCAGCGUGCGCCGCCGCGAGUCGGAGCGGCAGAAGAUCCGCGAGGCGGAGCGGCAGCGGCAGGCGGAGCGGCAGCGCCUGCUGCAGCAGGAGCAGGAGAGCGCGCAGCAGGAGAGCUUGCGCCGAGUAGCGGAGGAGCGUCUGCGCCGCGAGCGCCGUGAGCAGCGUGAGCGCGACCGCCGCCAGCGCCAGCUGCUGCGCACGCAGCGCCGCGGGCUGCGGCGGGAGCGCCGGCGGCAGCAGCAGCAGCAGCGCGGACUCCUGCUGCGCGUGAAGCGGGAGGAGCGCCAGCUGCUGCUGGCCCAGCGGCGCCUUCACGCCGUGCGCCUGCUGCGCCACCUGCUGGGACGCACGCAGGUGGAGCUGCAGCGUCGUGACGAGGAGCAGCGGCAGCGCGAGGCCCACGAGCGCCGCCUCCUUGCGCUGGCGGAGGAGCGCCGUUGCCAAGGCGACGAGCUGCGUCGCCGGGAGCGACGCCUGCGCCGCCGCCUCCUCCGCGCCCUCGAGCGGCGCCGCCUCCUCGACGACGAGCGCCGUUGCCGUGACGACGAGCGCCGGCGGGAGGAGAAGCGCCGCGGCCUCGUGGCCACGAGGCUCCGGUCGGCCGUGGUGCCCCGCGGGGGCGGGGGGGGAGGGGCU